GGCCGCCGAGGAGCACGAUCAUGCAGCUACGAAUUAUGCGCGAGCCGCGAAGAGCACAGGCGAUUCAGAAGCUGUACCCCGCCGUCCGAAUACUGAAGCUGCUCGAGCAUGAGCAUAUCAAGCUCGCAAACAUCAUCAAGUCGCAGGAUGUGCCAGAGCCAGUGCUCAACGCGCCUGCCGAUGUGAAAGUCGAAGAUGUCAGCGUGUCUCGACAUGACUUCGCCUCAACCGACAAGGUGGCAGCUCCGGCUCAACCGAUGACCACAGCUUCCGCACCUAAAGUGAAGCCAACGACAUCUGCUCUGGCCGGACGCUUGGGAAGCGCUGCUCGCGACUCCUCGCCGUCUCUAGCGAGGGACAUCGCAUCCCGUCGUGGCAUUCCGCAACCCGGGCGGAAUCCGCCUUCUGCGGCGGCUCAAGCUCGCGCACGACAGCUGUCUCCAGAGUCUUAUAGGAGGAACUCUCCGAAUGUCACUCCUGGCUCGAAGAUACCGCCAUCGAUCAUGGACAGUCAGGCCCUUAAGCCGGCGCAAAAGGCAAAGAUGGCGCGAAAGGCAGAAGACGACGACGCCUUUGCCAGAUUUUACAGCAAUCUGACUACUGGCACCAUGACCAAGCUCUCAUCUGUACUAGCCUAUGCUGGGUUGCCACUGAACGCGGAAGAUGUCGAGACGAAGCAAGCAUCACAGCAGAGAUUAACACAGAGGACGGUGCCGGCGAAUGACCAGCCCGACGUAAAGAAGAUCUUCUCAAACGCGGCUCUCGAGGCAAUCGAGGACGAGCACCGCCAGCGCGGCCACCACGGCCAUGCAUUCGGACCUGCCGAGAGCUUUUAUGUUGUUCAGACAGGUGGCGGCACCUACUCAUAUGCUGAUAUUGCCAAGGCUCAGCAGCAGCAAUUGGAAGGAAUUGACGAGGACGACGAGGAAGCAUUUGUGGAUGCGCGCGAAGCCCAGUCGUCUCCCAAGCAGAGUAGGUUUUCUUCUCGAGGCGGAAGCCGGGACCCAUUCGGCAAGUCACACACGCACGAAGAGUUGGAACUGGAAAAUGUCACGCUCAAGCACACGGUCGAACAGCUGGCCACACGCCUUUCAGAGUUCGAGACACAUGCGCAAGAUGCCUCGAUGGUCGCUUUGACGCAGAGCAUGGCGAGCGUGCAGGGCCAAGGACCAGGGUCUGGAGGACCCGAUCCUGCUUUGAUUGCACGUCUGCGACAAGUCGAGCAGCAACUUGAGCAGAAGACGGAAGAGACGCAAAAGUACCACAGUCUUGCGAUGAAGCAGGAGAAGACUCUGAAGAAGUACCAGUCGAAAUGGGAGGAGAUCAAACAGAGUGCGAAGGAGAAGCAGAGAGCAAAGGCCGAGAAGAGCGAUAGGACAGCUGAGGCUGCAGCACCUGGGAUUAUGGAGGGUUAGAGGAACUUGGAGCGUUUGGGUGUUGGCGCAUCUUUGUUGCAUCAUGAUACCUUCCCAUACCAGUAUUAUACAAGCGCAGGGCUGGUGCACAGGACGGCGUUAUCGGCAGGCGCGACGGAUGAUUGCCACUACGCACCUUCCAAACGGGCCUCCAUCUCUACAUCACACAGCAUACCGGACAUACAUUAUCCAUGAUACCACACGCAAAUUCCAACUCAUAAGGUACAGCGCACGGUGAACAAGCUCACCUGUGCCACCAUGACACCAACAACAAAUAAAUUAAUUACUUCAGACAUAGCUUAUAUACCUUCCUCCACCCUUACAAGCCCCAUCACUCCCAAGAACUUAUUUCGUAUAUACCUAUAUCUCAACUCCACGCCCGCUCUCCAAUCCAAAAGCACCGCGUACGCAUACGACCCUUACAAUUCUGAGUGAAAGGGACAGAGAUGGCGCAUGAUCAGUGCGAAGCAAGCAGAACAUGGGCUGCAGAUGCCCUCUCCAGAGUCUGUGUGUGUGUGCUUAAUGAAUUCACAUCUCAUCCUCUCGCAGGUUUUCCUUUUACCGAAUGAAUGACAUCUCGCAUUAGAACGGCAUACUGCGCGGAUUCAAGGGCAAUGCUGGCAAGAAUAGCUUGUCCAUAUGCCAACCUUGGGAGUGCUUGCUUACCUAGGUAGGUACCUAGUAAGGUAGACUGUGCCUUUUGCUGCGAGACUGGGCGCCGCUUACAUUAUUUACUGUUCGGGUUGUCAUCGAAGAUUUGCGCUUUCCACCGGAAUCCUUCCUCAAGGGAUGCCAGCGCUGGAGGAUGAAAUCAUGAGGCAACUGAAAGGUCGCCAUGCACUCGCUGCAACAACCGGCGAAUCAAGUACCUAUUCGGCACAUUCAUGCCUUCGAACAGGAAGGACAACGUCUGGGCAGACGUCUAGGAGAGAUCGACUCAACUUGGCAAGAGCUGUUCUCAAUCUUCCAUCUUAGUCUCAAAGUAGCUUGUGACCGCAUCUACAAGAUCCUGUUUCUUUCCAGUAGCGCUCAUGCCCUUGUUUUUCAGCCACACUUUCAGAUCAUUCACUUUGUAUUUCGAUAAAGUAUCUGCCAUGUAGGCAGCUUUCAUAUCGGCGUCAUUGAUGCCUUCCUCGUCUUCAUCCUCCUCUUUUUUGGCCUUCUUUACUGAUGCUGACGACGCAGGGCCCACUCUCUUCGAUGCUCCAUUCGUAGCAGGUUUGAUGCUCGCCGCGUUCUCGGCGAGCCACUGGUUGAACGCAGCAUCUAACUUCUCGCCCCAUUCCACAAUGUACCAGCCAGCUCUCCUGUGAAUUUGUUUCCACCUCGGAAGAGUCUUGUCCUCUGGAUGCUCGGGUAGAUCUUCAUCGAGGGCCAGAGCUUGCAGUAUGCGGAAGAACCACUGCAAAGCUGGGUUAGGAUACUUGAGAGGAUCGUAGACUGCUUUGGGGAGCUGAAGUUGCUGUACGAUCAGUCGCAUCGCGUCGACAACCUCAUCUGGAGCUUUGACAAGAUUUACGUCCGGAUUAGCACGUAUAUCGUCUGCAAAUGGCAAGGGCUUGAUCCAGAUUCCGGGCGGCAUGUGCUGUUCUCCUUCUUCGUUUCGUUCUUCCUCCCCUGGGAUCAAUGCCGCUAGUCUUGGGGAGGCAUUCCGCCGUGGGAUGUACCAGGCCAAUGCUAUCUUCUGAUCUCUGAGCAGCUUCUGGUGCAGAGCAGAAAACACACGUGUGGAACCAAUGAAGCUUUCCUCGGACGGGUAGAUGAAUGUCGACUUGUCCACCGUCGCCCACACGGGCAGCAUGCUCAGAGGCUUGAAGCCAAUGAUGCGAAUGGUUGGCUCGCCCCAGUCGUUGAUUUUGGCCAUGUCCUCAAGCGAAAACGACACUGUCUCGCCACCAAAUUUGUAGGCCCGGCGGAUCUCCGUCUUCUCCACCGUUCGAGCCGUGUCUUCAUCCACGAGUUCACUGUGGCCUUCGGCGAUUUGCGCUUUCUCGCCGUCCGAUGGCAGAUAUAUGUAAGUCUGUCGAGCUGGUUCUUGCCGCUUUAAAAGGGUAUAGCCUUUGACGCCGAUCUUGAGACCUCGUCCAAUUUCAAGCGGUACGCUGCUGAAGAGUGCUCUACGGGGUGCAUUGCGGGAUUGCACUGAUGAAAGCAGAGCCUGCAGUAAGCUAAUUCCGUCCUUUGCUGUUGAACUGGCAGCCUUAAUAUCCGAUGUCAGAGGAGCUGGCGCGUCUGGGUCCGAGGGUGUUGAAGAGUAUACAAUAUCAUUGUAGAACUUGCUGCGAUCGAAAGUAUAACCGCGGUCGGGAUGUGAGAUUGGGAAAAGUUCAAUGGUCACACCCAGAUCAUACAAGUCCUUAGCACGCACAGCAGCGCUGUUUCUGGCGUCUCGAUCUGAGGAAUGGGGAUAGUCAUUGUCAGUAACCAGGAAAAGCCGCCUAGACGAAAAGUUGGGUGCUUUCGUUGUGAAUAUUUGGUUGGCGCAGAAGAGCACAUUAGCCAUGCUCACUUCGUCCUUGCUGGCUUGCAAGAUGCGUGUAGCCUUUUCUUCUUCGUCGUCUUCGUCGUCCUCGACCAGAGUCCGCAAUUGCUUCACAUCCUCGGCAGCAGGUACAUUGAGAUCUUGCAGCAAAUAGCAGUGCGGAUAUUGGAAGCCUCUGCUCGAAUCGUCACCUUCGUCGAACUUACUCUUCUCCGUAUUGAAGAGGAGGAUGCCCAUCAUGUCAUGGGGGUUGCUGAUGAUUCGCUGCUGCAUUAAUGCAUAAGCGCACUUCAACGCCGCAGCAGUAGGGGCAAGAGAAUGCUCUGGCUUUUUCGGAUCUCUCUCAGCAGGCUUCGUGAGCAUGCUUUGGGACGCGUCGAUGGCAAAGAGCACAGCAUCCUUGACGGUCUUAUAUCCCGAGAGCUCUUCGACCUCGUCGUCUUCGUCGUCGCCGCUGCCGCCACCAUAUUUGUCCUCGGCGGGACGAUAUGGGAGGUCUGACAUGUUUGAUGCCUUAGUGAUGGUAGUUGUAAUGCAG